AAAACUGGCACAGCGUGUGACGCCAUGCUUCGAAUUGACCAAUCGUCGCAAAGAUUCGGAGGCAGCGUUAACAAACUACAUAAACCAAGUGUUUGUCCGUCAGCGAUACACCUAAUCUCAGCACCAGGUCGCUGUCCACUGACACAGAGAGAGGUAAAGAUGUCUCAGGUGAAGCAGGUUGGCCUGUUGGCCGCUGGAUGCCAGCCCUGGAACAAAGACGUGUGUGCUGCCAGCGGGGAUAGGUUUGCGUAUUGUGCCACACUUGCAAUAUAUGUGUACCAACUUGAUCACAGAUAUAAUGAGUUUAAGCUGCGAGCAAUCAUGUCUGAACACAAGAAGACAAUCACAGCUAUAUCAUGGUGUCCACACAACCCUGAGGUGUUUGCCAGUGCUAGCGCUGAUAACCUGCUCAUCAUCUGGAACGUGGCUGAGCAAAAGGCAGUUACACGGCUUGACAACACCAAAGGUAUCCCAGCUUCUCUAAGCUGGUGCUGGAAUGCAGGUGAUAGCGUUGCGUUCGUAUCCCACCGGGGUCCUCUAUAUAUAUGGACCAUCUCUGGGCCAGACUCAGGAGUCACUGUGCACAAGGAGGCUCACAGUUUCCUCUCGGAUAUCUGCUUAUUCCGCUGGCAUCCAGUGAAGAAGGGAAAAGUGGUAUUUGGACACACUGAUGGCAGUCUGUCCAUCUUUCAACCAGGCUCAAAGAAUCAGAAGCAUGUACUGCGUCCCGAGUCGUUAGAAGGCACAGAUGAAGAAGACCCUGUCACAGCUCUAGAGUGGGACCCUCUCAGCACAGACUACCUGCUGGUGGCCAACAUGCACAAUGGCAUCAGACUGCUGGACUCUGAAUCUCUAUCCUGCAUCACAACCUUUAGUUUCCCCAGUGCCGCUGCCUCUGUGCAAUGCCUGGCCUGGGUGCCCAGUGCCCCUGGCAUGUUUAUCACAGGGGAUUCUCAAGUUGGCGUGCUGAGAAUAUGGAACGUAUCAAGAGCGACGCCUCUGGAUAACUUCAAACUGAAGAAAACCGGCUUCCAUGCACUUCAUGUUUUAAAUUCCCCACCAGCGAAGAAAUCCUUUUGCACAAAUUCCCCUUCCAAGAAUCACUACACCUCCUCCACUAGUGAGGCUGUGCCUCCACCUACUCUUUCACAGAACCAGGCCUUCUCCCUCCCACCUGGCCACGCUGUCUGCUGUUUCAUGGAUGGGGGGGUUGGAUUGUAUGAUAUGGGCACCAAAAAGUGGGACUUCCUGCGGGAUCUGGGUCACGUUGAAACUAUCUUUGACUGCAAAUUCAAGCCAGAUGAUCCAAACCUUCUGGCUACAGCUUCAUUUGAUGGGACGAUAAAAGUCUGGGAUAUAAACACAUUGACUGCUGUGUACACAUCUCCGGGCAAUGAGGGAGUGGUUUAUUCUCUGUCAUGGGCCCCUGGAGAUUUGAACUGUAUAGCAGGAGCCACAUCAAGGAAUGGCGCCUUCAUUUGGGAUGUGAAAAAGGGAAAGAUGAUCACAAGAUUUAAUGAGCAUGGGAAGAAUGGUAUUUUUUGUGUUGCUUGGAGCCAUAAAGAUUCCAAAAGAAUAGCCACAUGCAGUGGAGAUGGAUUUUGCAUAAUUCGAACCCUUGAUGGCAAAGUGUUGCACAAAUAUAAACAUCCAGCAGCAGUGUUUGGCUGUGACUGGAGUCAAAAUAACAAAGAUAUGAUUGCCACGGGCUGUGAAGACAAGAAUGUUCGAGUCUAUUACUUGGCCACCAGUUCAGACCAGCCACUAAAAGUCUUUACAGGUCACACGGCCAAAGUAUUCCAUGUGCGUUGGUCACCACUCAGAGAGGGCAUUCUGUGCAGCGGCUCAGAUGAUGGGACUGUUCGUAUCUGGGAUUAUACCCAAGAUGCCUGCAUUAACGUGCUGAGUGGCCAUACCGCUCCAGUGCGGGGUCUCAUGUGGAACACAGAGGUGCCAUACCUUUUGACCUCAGGGAGCUGGGACUACACCAUCCGUGUCUGGGACACCAGAGACGGCACCUGUCUAGACACUGUAUAUGACCAUGGAGCUGAUGUCUAUGGUCUGACAUGUCACCCCAGCCGUCCGUUCACCAUGGCUUCCUGCUCCAGAGACUCUACGGUCAGACUUUGGUCACUUACUCCUCUAAUUGCUCCUUUAGUGGUCAACAUCCUUACUGACCACAACUGGGAUGACAUCAUUGGCAACACAGAUCGUGCUAUGGUCCCUGGAGCUCCUCCUCUCCUGUGUGGAAAAAUUUCCAAAGAUAUCAAACAGGAACUGGAUAAACUCUCUAGUGACAUGCGCAUGAAGAAGCUCCGAUGGUUCUCUGAGUGUUUCUCACCACCAGGUGGGAGUCAUAACCUUUGGGAUCUGGUUGCUGUAAUCAAUGGACAGGAUGAUAGUCUUCUUCCACAGAACUAUGGACAAGGCAUCAUGCACAUGAAACAUCUGGUCCGCUUCAAAACUUCUGAAGCACAAGAGCUGACUAUAGUAAAGAUGUCCAAGUUUGGGGGUGGUAUUGGAGCACCUAGUAAAGAAGAAAGGCUCAAGAAUGCAGCAGAAAUCCAUAUCAGACUGGGUCAAAUCCAGAGAUACUGUGAGCUUAUGGUGGAACUGGGAGAGUGGGAGAAGGCUCUUUCUGUGGCCCCUGGUGUCUCCAUGAAAUACUGGAAAAAGCUCAUGCAAAGGAGAGCAGACCAGCUUAUGCAAGAAGGCAAUGAUGAUGUCAUCCCGUACUGCAUCGCCACUGGUGAGGUGAAAAAGUUGGUGAAUUUCUUCACCUCUAGAGGUCAGCUGAAAGAAGCUGUGCUGGUGGCCCAGCUGGCUAUGGCAUCUCUGAUCAGAGGCAAUGAGCUGGAGCUGGCAGUGUGUGUGGGCACAGUUCUGGGAGAAUCAGCCAGUAAAGCCACCCACUACGUUCUGGAGCUCUUGGCGAGGAAAUACAUGACCACUGCCACCUGCUUUCCAUCUGUGGCAUACAGGGAUCUUGCAGCCAGAUUACUCCAGAUGAUCCCUGAUAACGAGAUCUUGUUAGCCAAACUGUGUGCCUUCUACCCUGGCAGCUCAGCUGAAAUCAAUGACCUACACGAAAAGUGUGGUUUACCAAGUUUAGAGGAAUGUAAAGAACUUGCUGAAAGUGCACAUGCUGAGGCCGAAAUCUUCCCAGCAGUAAAGUAUUACCUCCUGAGCCCAGAACCAGAAAAAGCUCUUCCCAUUGGGAUCACAUAUAUCAAAGAGCAGCUGAGCUCUCCUGACUGGACAGUGGACUCUGUGUACCACAUCCUAGACCUGCUGAGCUACAUCAGAACAGACCGUCUUAUUCUUCCAAAGUGUAGUGAAGAACGCAAUGAGUUGCUUAUUCUCUGUGGGUAUAUUGGUGCACUAUUAGCCAUUGGGAGACAGUAUUCAAGUAUAGUGCCAGCACUGUAUGAAUACACAAGUCAGCUGCUGAAGAGGAGAGAGGUGGCUGUGCCAUUGCAGAUAGAGCAGCUGUCUGUAGAGUUGGAGGCAUGGAGAGCCUGCACAUAUUCCCUCAAAGUUGCAGAUAAUGCAUUGUACAAUCCACCAUCUGAGGCCCAGAAAAGGGAGUACAGCCAGCUGUUGAGUCGGAUGAGUGAGGAGCCUAUCAAGGGCCUAGAGGGUCCAGACUAUGUCACUGGCUCCAACUUGCCCAGCCACUCUGAUGUCCAGAUUUCCUGCUUCACUGGCCUCAGGAUACAGGGUCCAGCAUUCUUCCUGGAAGAUGGCAAAUCAGCCAUUUCACUAAAUGAUGCCCUGAUGUGGGCGAAAGUAAACCCUUUCUCUCCGUUGGGGACAGGUAUACGCCUCAACCCCUUCUGAGCACAAAUACAACAAAUGUGAGCAGUAUUCUUGCUGGUCUGGCUCUGGAAAGGCGAUAAGGCAUCCAUUUUAUUUUUUUUUUUUUUUUUUUUUUUAGAAAACUUGAUGUAUGUCAUAAAACAAAUGAAAGUCGAAUUGUGUUCAAAUCAACAUUAUUUGAAGCUUUGCCGUUCCAUGCUUUGCUUAUUUCAUUCAAGAUUGCAGCUUAUAUGCAAACAAUCAGCAAAAGCAAGAGUGGUGCUGUAGGGAACAUGCAGUACACAAGGCUAACAGCACAAAUGCGAUGAUAUUUCUUUUAUACAACAGUUCAGUAAAUAAGAAAUCAAUAUAAAGUAAUGCAAGUUCUUUUGUUUCAAAAGAAGAUCAAUGCAUUUUGACAAGCAACAAGAGACUGAUGCACUAACAUAGGCAAGAAGAAGGAUAUGAACAGUAAAUAUCUUCUCUUCACACACAAGAACAUGUUAAUUUGAUACAGGCCAACCAAAUUAGAGCACCACAACUUACUGUUUUGUAAAGAGAGAUUUAUGUUGGAUACAGUAAUGAAUGUUACAUAUGAAGCAGGAUAUUUAAUGCCUUUCUUCCUUACCUUAAAACAUAAGCGGGUUCAGGGAUUCGGGUUUAGAUGUCACGUUCAGGUCUUAGGGUUGAGAUCUGUAGCCCAAAGAUUGUAAGUAUAGGUGGUACUGUCACUGAAAUUAUGGAGUUUGAGCAUUUUCAUCAAGCAGCCUGAAUGUUUAGAAUAUCUAUCUUUUAAUUCAAGACUUAAAGGGUAUUAAUCUGUACAUUUUUGUUUGUGCAUUUGAUUUCAUAAGAGAGACGUUAGUUUUGCUGCUUUGACAUUGAAAUUGUUUGCCAUGUCUGUUGUCUGUUUUAUAUGAACUGAAAAUAUUUACUGACUAGUGAAUACACACCUUAUUUUAGUAGAACCAAAUACUAAAAAAAUUCAACCUCAUAUUGUAACAAUCACUAUUUAAUGUUACUUCAUUUUAUUCAGGAACUAUUAUCAAUGGGUACACAGAGUAGGUCUGUUGCCAGAUGUGUAAUAUUUAUAAUCAUAAUGUAGGGCAACACUAUUUACAAAGAGUUAAUAGGACAUUAAGUAUUGCUGUUACAUUCAAAAUAUGUCUAGAUGAACUUAGGCAAUACGUUUGAGAAACUGCACAUAUAAAUCGAGGAAGCAAGACAUUUGUUUGGAGUGCAUUUCUGAAGUUAGGAAAUAAACGACAGUGUCAUUUGUAUUGGUAAAAUCAGUUGCAAUGGUUGUCAUACAUAGCUGAGUAUACAAGUUUGGAGGAAUUGUUUUAUGAAAUUUUGGUUUUAUGUUAGAAAAUACAGAUACAAAGACUAUUUUCAUCAAAUCACACUGUGAAAUGUAUUUAUCUGUAUAUAGUUAAUAUAGAAUUUAGAAUGUCUGAACUCUAAGCUCUAAUGGGUGUACAUAGCAUAUUCAUAUGAUAAUUGUUAAUACGCAAAGAGGACAGUUACAUGUCAUAUAUUGAUCCUGAAGUAGAGUCAGACAUUGGAUUAAGCCAGGACCGGUCCAAAUUCUGCAUGCUUCAAGUGUCUCAUCUGUUUAUUAUGACUGAUCCUAAACAUGCAAGGCAAGAUAGAAGAACAGGCAAGACUGUGUCAAUGAUAAAGUACCAUCUUUUUGUGACUAUGAUUUGAUAAUUACUAUUAAAAAUAUGAAGUGUACAAGAAA